UUGUUUUUUUUUGUUUUGCCUUUCGAAGAUUGUUCCGAGGCAGUUUUUCGGGUUGGCAGGGAUUUCGUUGGGAAUUCCCGAGUGCGUGUAAGACACUUCGUAGGUUUAUGUUAUGCCUUCGAGUUGCUUAAGCGUUAACUCCUUCUGCUUCCUUGGAAGCCCCGGUGCCCUCUCAUUGUCUGCCGGGACUUAAGGUCGGACGGGCCACCCGGCUUUGAUUACUUCCUGGUAGGGCCCUGGUGCCGACGCUGGUCUUUGUUUAUGAGCUUUAAGAUUAUCACUGGCAGCUUGGGCUGUAGUGUAAAAUGUGAAUCGUGUGCAUCAGAAAUCAAGUUCAUCUGCAAGGCUGAAAAGACGGUGGGACGAUUCAGCAGAGUGGUCUUUCAGCCUGGGUUGGAUUGGAGCUAGGAAGGUAGUUUAGGGACUGCUUUAAUACUUUUGACGUACUACUUCUUCAAAGGGGAUUAUAUUCUUGAAGCAAAAUAUACGGGGUAACACAAGGAAAACUGUCCUCCAGGAUAAGGAAUAGAAAUAACUGCAGUUUUCUGGAGCUCCAAGACUUGGUGUCUUGCUUACCUUUGUAAAGUCAGGUGUCUUUCUUCUGUUCUGCAUGAAGCCUUUAAAGAUUAAUAAGUUAAUUGGUUUCACAGGACAGUAUUGCAGUUCCUUUGGUUUGUGAGACUGGGUUUCUAUGAUAGCCCAGGGUGACCUAGAAUUUAUAAUUUUCCUCUCUCAGCCCUUGGAGUGCUGGGAUUAUAGGCAUGUGCUACCCCUUCUGGGCCAGUAUUGCAGUUCUUUGUGGGAGUGCAGAACUUGUGUGAAUGGGUCUUACCUGUAAAUACAUCUUCAACAGUGAGUCUUGAGCUUGGAACAUAACACUACCAACAACAGGCCAGUCCAUGUGGUCUGUUAGUUCAUUAGCUGUAGCUGUGGGGCUAUAGUUGAAUUUUCUCAAGAGAGAUUUGUCACACACACACACACACACACACACACCCUCUCACUAGGAAAAGCUUACACCUCACAAGGAAUGGGGCACUUCUUGUUCAUCUGUAGUCAACUACAGGGAUUCCGAGAUGGGUGUAUCAAUACAAGCCUAAUUUUUUUUCUAUGUAAAAUUAUAUCAAACUUAGAAAUGGCUUCACUGUGCACAUGCAUCUAAAAAAAUUAUGCAAGUGGCAGGUAUCCUGUUGUGAGUCAGUCUUGCCUCCAUCAGUUAGGGAGUCCACUUUGGGGAAAAGAGACAGCAAAUGAAGCCCCUCUUGAGGAAUUCAGCACAUUAAAAUGGAGCAUAACUGGGAGACUUGUGCUGAAAACAAGAACAAAUUAGUAAUGGAAGGGUGAUUUCUUUACAACGUGCAGUAAAUGGUUGCCUCUGACCCUGUUUUGGAAGGAUGGGUCUAAUCACUUGCAUUUAUAGUACUAAUAAAGCUAGUUUCACAACUCAGUGGGUGUUUUUUUUUUUUUUUUUCUAUCUCAGGCUUAUUUCAUAAUGGCCUCCUAUUUUAACCUGUUGGCAUCCCUUCAUUGGUACAAUCAAAUAUUAUUGUAUAAAGCUUGAUCUUGUUCUUGCCUGUCUGUAGUUUCAGUAAUUAAAUGAUUGGUAAAUCUGUGAUCCCUUAACCAACUAACUCAUCAUCUUGGAGUGUUAUGUAUUCUGGCUUUUAUUUUUCUUCAACAAUCCUGUAUGUAUGUAGGUAGGUAUGUAUGUAUGUGUGUAUUAUUUUUGGUAGGAGAUUAAAAGGGUAGCCAGUGUGUUGAAGUAAUGCUCUGACUGGUAUUGAGUGUCAUACACUCUUACUGAGGAGGGAGAAAAUCCCUGUUUUGGCACCUAGACAAUAAAAGUAAUGCCCCUGCCUUAUUUUCAUUGGGAGUAUGCAAAUAUACCCCAGUGAAACAGCCAGGCAGAUUGCAAAAGACCAGCAGCACAGACUCUAGCAGGCACCACCUCUGUGGACCAGCACUCCCGAUUCCUUGAGUGUGAGUUUCAAUAUGUCAUCCGGAGAAAGAACAGUGCUUUGGAUUUACUCACAGGUCUCUGUUAGGAUGAGCAAGAUUGUGUGUGAAAGUCUGAGAAACUACUGCUUUCUUGUGUCUAAGUAAUUUAAUGGUAUCACAGACUAGUACAUUUUUAUAAAUAGGACUCUGAAAAUUAAAUGUCUAAGCCUAUUAAAUGGAGCUCAAACACAUUGACUAUAUGAUGAAUUGUUUUACAAGGAGAUACAGAACUCAGCAAGAUUAGGGGGUAAGAGUAAUGAUAUUUCAGAACUAACUAGAGCUACUUAGCUGUGGAGGGCAUUGUGUGUUAUGUAAUUGUAUGCUACAGAUUUCAUACAACUUCUAUUUGUAAAACCUCUUUAUAAUCUGAACAUUUUUCAGAAUCCUGGGUAUUUGUGUGACUUAUAUCUAUUAAUAUAUUAGAAGUUAAAACUAAAUAUUUACUGAUUUAAUUAUGAGUAACAAUAAUAAAUCUAAUACUUAUAAACAGAAAUAAUUUAUGUGAAAAAAUUUCAGAAUUGGUCUUGAACUCACAUUCACCUGCCUCAACUUCCUGAGUUCUGGGAUUAAAGGUGUUUGCCACCACCACCACCACCACCACAGUCAUGUUUUUUGUAAAGACAUCUGGAUUGUCACAUCUGCUUCUCAUUGCAGUCUCUUCAGAUAUCAAACUUCACAUAUUAUGUUGAAAACUCCAUUUUAUGCUCUUGAGAGAUCAAAAGGAAACAUUCAAGUAAACUAGAGCCAGUAGUAGUGGCAGAUGCCUUUAGUCUCAGCACUUGGGAGGCAGAGGCAAGCGAAUCUCUGGAAUUCUAGGCUGGUCUGGUCUACAGAGCAAGUUCCAGGAUAGCAAAGCUACACAGUGAAACUCUGUAUUGAAAAACAAAAACCCAAACAGAACAACAACAAAACCAAAACAAAGUAAUAUAGUUGUAUCUUUUUCUUUCUACCGAUCUUAGUAUCAUUCAUGGAAAUACCUUUGACCUUCUGGAUCCACUGAAAAGGGACCCCUGAAGUCUGACUGAAGGUUAAAGAUCCUACUUUGAGAUCUCAUAGGCAGAAUGGUUAGGGACACCUGCACUUUCAAACUCACAUUAUAAAAUUAGAGAAAUUCAUGAAGCUGGCAGUAGGUAUUCAUUUGUAAAUACUUGAAGUUUGAAACACAUUAGCUGAGAAACAGAUCAUGGGGUCUAGUGGUCCCUUGCUCUCAAAGAAGUCUAUUCUAGUUGGAGAAUCAGGAAACUCCCGUUUAGAAAAUAAAUCCAUGUCAUAGUUUAAGGUAAAUGUUGGAAAUCGGGAUCUCCUAAUAAGAUGAAAGCUGAUUGAUGCCUGCCUGAUUGUGGCUUAGAGCACUCUAGUUUUAAAUUACAAAAGUUUACAUGAAAACUGGGCCAGUCUCUCAAGCCUUGUGUUCUAUGCAUACACCAGAUGUUAUUUUCAGGGCUGGAGGCUUGGCAUUUUUGUAGGUAGAAAGUUUAACUAGUGGCAAAAGACAGGGAUAAAACAUGAAGUAUUUAAAAAAUAUAUCCUAAACAGUUCUGUUUUUAAACAAAAGAAAGACAAGUUCCUAGAGUUUAGGGGCUUAAAGUGCUGUUGAUUUGGAGCUAUGUUAUAGUUGGGAAGUCAUGAAAUUUCUCCCUGAUUAAUUGCUUAAAGAGUUGAAAGAGCCUCUAAAUUUCCAGUACACUCACCCCUAAAUCACUCUAUUCAAGAAAAAGGAAUGAUUGGAUUGAUCUGCAGUUUGUGUUUGGAGGGGUUGUUGGAGAUAAACCUAUUUUAUCUUUUUUAAAGAUUCUUUUAGUAGGAUAAGGUGCUGACUGGUUCUUUUGUCCAUGGCAAUAAAUUUAUAAUGUACUGAUCAGUUUGUGAUAAAGGUAAGAGGUCACCUUGAUGGAGUGAUGGGUUAUUUUGUAUCCUAUUUCUUUUAGCCUACAUUUAAAGAAGACUAGUUUGUCCCUUGGACUAAAUUUUUUAAAUAGGACCAGUUAUUUAGUUUACUGUGGUUGAAUACAUUAAUUACUUUUAAGUAACAUUCUGUGCUGUGUUUACUAAAUAUCCACCGCAGUGCUGUACUCAGUAAAUGCUUGCUUAAGUUUUUUUUCACAUAGAUUAUGAAAUGGUCUCUGACUUUGAGAAUAAAUGCAGAUGAAGUGAGUUUAUUCCCCAGAAAGCUUUCCCUAGCCUCCCCUUCACAGUGUGUUAGCUAGAAAGCUGGAUUGUAAGCAGGUGACCAUUCGUGACCUUGUUAGGUACAGAAUUUGUAGUCUUUAGGUAGUGUAGACAUAUAGGUGGAAAAUUAGUCGUCAAUGAGUAGGGUUAUUUAAGACAAUGGGUAGGUGAUAUUCAUACUGAUUUUGAAGAUUAGUAUUUGAACUUUCUGAAGAAUUUGAACUAUCUCUUAGUAAUGUUAAUAAAGCCUAAGUAAGCCUAAGUCAGUGGAGUUGUCUUUCUAGUCGUGCUGGCAGUGUUCUUCUCUACCCCAACCCCAGUACUUUAAGCAGCCUCAGCCUGUCCUACAGCCUCUAAGUGAUUGGUUGUGGAUUUGAAAGCCCUGGAACUGUCCACGUGCUGUUUGACAAGGCUGAAGUUGAAGGGUUGAGCCAGGUCUGUUUCUUUUGUGAUCAGAUGUUAUUUUCCACGCAAUAUACCUAGUAUAUAAAGAAGAUCCUGCAUGGCCUAAGCAGAAAGAAAAGUUGGGCUGAGGGAGAAAUUAGAACUCUUUGUUUUCCUGGAACUCACUUACUCUUAAGAUAAUUAGAACCAUUCUUUACAUUGAUACCAUUAACAGUAAGAUUUUAUAACAUUCUAUUUUUCCUCAUAGAAAUUUAUUUAAUUUUUAAAAUGUGUGUGUGUGUUUGAAGCACUAUCGAUUAGAAGAUAACUUAAAGUAGUCAGCCCCUUCCUUUCCAGUGAUCUACCACAUCAGGCUUGGUGCCAUGUGCCUUUGCCUGCUGAACCAAUUGCAGACCUCCUUAUUGGAAUUUAUGCAGUUUUCUUCUGCACUGAAAUAUGAAAGAUUUGCUUGUGCUGUUUCAAAUUAGACAUAGAGAUGCUAAAAACUUCAUAAUUUUUGUAGGCAGUAAGCAAAAAUAAAGUGUAGUUAGUAACUAAGUGAGUAGAUUUCUGUCUUAAAAUUUGAGUCCUCUUCUGUUGGAAUAAUUUACAUGUGAAUUUUUCUUUCUUUCUUUUUUUUUUUGAGCACUUCUUGUCUAACAUUAUCUCUGUUGGGGGUGGGGGCAGUCUUGAUUAAGCUGUAGUUUCAACUUACUUCUAUAAAUGUUUUGUGUUCAGCCCAGGCUUGAGAAGGGAUUUAGUAGGAAGCUUUGCAGUAGAGAAUGUGUGCUGUGCAGUCUGUCAGUGUUUGGUUUAUUCAUAUCCUUUUAGAUAGGAGAGCAAAUGCUCUAGGUGUUUUCAUCGCUUUCCUGGACAGAUGGCUGAGGAGGAAGUACUUUGAUAGAUUCUCAGUGGGGGCUGGUACUUGGAGGGUGUGCUUGUGAUGAUUGACAGUUGAGAAUGCUGAGAAUAGUAUCAACUAUGGAAACAGCUUGUUCAUCUUACCUGGAUUUGUCUUGUGCCAAGACCUCUCAAGAUGUUCUGAGAUUUUUAUAUAACUGUCUGUUUUGGGAAUGUAGGUAAGAAUAGAUAUCAUUGAGGCUCAAAAGGUAUUCACCAAAAAACUGUUCAUUGCAGUCUUAUCUUGAAACCAGUGGCAAUUGUUGAAUGAACUUUGGCUUAGAAACUUGUAAACAUAAACCAUCUUUUAUAACUAGUAUGAGUUUGCAGAUGUUAUUAUCUGUAGUAAUUCCAGAUGUUUUCUCAUAUAUUAGUUUUACUGAGUAGGAGGAAAACUGAAAACAAUAUAAAAUAACUUCAAAGCAGCUUUAACAUUUAAUCCUGACUAAUUUAAUUAACUACCUAUCCUUGUAGUUUUUCCUGAUUUAUAGAUUAUGAAACUGAGAUAGGGGUUAGGAGUUGCUUAAGAUGUUCUGAGAUAUUAAAAGAUAGCCCAAAGCUUAAACUCAACCACUCAACUUUUAACUUGUCUUUUUGAGAGUAAGGUCUUUAUUUUGUCAUUUAGAAACUUAAUGCUUAGUAAUUUAAGAGACUUAAAAGGCUUAGAAACAUGUUUGAAAUGAGUUCCUUGGAAGAUUUUUGCUAUGAGAAUAUGUUUUUAAAUUCCACAUCUUAAAAAUCACUCAUUUUAGUGGGCACAAAGAAUUGUCUUUAUAAAUGGGAAGAAAAUAGCCUUGAAAAGUCAGCUUCAUUAUGCUCAGCUCUUUUUUUUUUUAAUUUUAUUUUUUGUAGACUGAAAUUCACCAUGCAGAUAUAACAACCUUUCAAUAUAGGUAUAGAAAAAUGCAGUAAGCUUCUGGUUGUUGAAAAACAUGUCCUUCAAUUGAGUUCUCAUCCCUUUGCUGGUUUCAUCUUAUUUCUAGUACUAGAGAUUUUUGGUGGUAGGGGUUUGUGUUCUGUAGAAGAGGGAGAGAGUUCUGAAGCUAUGGAAUUUUACUUUUGCCUCUGGUAAUUCAGAGGUAAUCUGAAAUCUGCUUUUAGGUAGCCUGCUUAUUAUAUUUAGUUAUAUUCUAAGAUUUUCCAGGUGUAUUUCCUAUAAAAGUUAAUUAUAGUUUUUAGAUUGCAGGUCUUAAAACUCUCUCCCUUGUGUGUGUGUGUGUGGGGGGGAGAGUGAGAGUUUAGAGAUUGGUAAAACCCAUGUGAGCUCGGGAAAGCAGUUUCAGAUUUUGAAAACUACUUUCAAAAUUACUCUUGGGCUGGGUGCUAGUGUGGUAGUGGCACAUGCCUUUCCAGCACUUGGGAAGCUGAUUGCUCUGAGUUCCAGGCCAACCUGGUCUAUAUAGGGAGUUCCAGGACAGCCAGGGAUACAUAAAGAAAUUCUGUAUUAAAAAAAGAAAGGGAGGAAAAAGGGAAAGAAAAUUAAAUUUGAACAUUACAAAAUAAAUUUACAUUUGCCUUUAGCUGUGUUAGCUGAAUUUGUCACAAUAAAUUGUAACUAACUUAAUUUUACAAUUCCCUUUGAGAAGGCAAUCGGGUGUUUAUUUUUAAGAUAAACCAGUGCAAAAGAUAUCUUUUAAGAUAUCUUUUAAAAGGUAGUAUUUCGAAUUGGAUUUUAUCUGCUUUUGGAUUGAAUAGCUAUAUCAGUGAUAUGUUUUCUAUUCUUGAAUAGAUACUGAAUCUUUUUUUUUUUUCCUUUAUUGUUGCUGGUUUGAAGAUAACCUUCCCUGUAGAAAUCUGUUUGCCUUUUUAUCUUUGACCUGACUUCAAAACUAGCUUUAGGGACUGUUCUUCUAUUCUUUUUCUCAUCCUUGAGAAGAGACUGCUAUAUUUUUGUAGAUUUAAUAGGACUAGUUGUAAGAUAGUACAGCUUCUUUAAGUCUUUGUCCUUGCUGACUAACCCGAGGUUUCCUUUUUGACUUAUUUAUUGACUUUCAAGAUAGUGUCUCAGUCUGUCCUUGAUAUGUGGCAGUCCUCCUGCAUCAGCCUCCCAAGUAGCUAUAAGUACAAAUGUGAGCCAUCACACCUGGCUGGGAUGUUAAUACUUUCAUAAGUUUUUGAAGAGAAAAAUAAAUUUUUUAGGAAACAAAUUUCUAUGAUGAAAUGUUUCUCUAUGGUCAUAGAUAUGCUAGAAAAAUCUUCUAGUAUACUAGGUGUUUAUAAAAGAACUAUAUAGGGAUCUGCAGAGAUGGCUCAGGUAAGAACAUUGGCUAUUCUUCCAGAGGAUCUUGGUUUGAUUCCAGCAUCCACAUGGCAGCUCUCAACUGUCUCUAACUCUUCCAGGGAAUCUGAUGCCCUCUUCUGACCUUCCCAGGCACCAGUCAUGCAUAUGAUGCACAGAUAAACAGGCAGGCAAAAACACCUAUACACAUGACAUAGAGAUUUUUAAAAAGUUAUUUUAUGUGAAGAUCAUAGAGCAACAUUAUUAUUGAUAAAAAGAAAAGAAUUUAAAAUUUUACUGUCAUGUAGUAAAAUUUGGAUUUAGUUGAAAUUUGAUUUAAUUCAAGUUAAGUCUUCAUGUGGGUUAUUCUGGCUGCUAACAAUAAGUUACAUCAGCUUUGUUGUUGUUUUUGUGUGUGUUUUUUGUUUUUUGAACAGGGUUUCUCUAUGUGGCCCUUGUUGUCCUAGAACCUGCUCUGUAAAUCAGGCUGGCUUCGAACUCAGAAAUCUGCCUGCCUCUGCUUCCCUGAGUGCUGGGAUUAAAGGCAUGCAGUAAUACUACCACUGGGCCCUACAUCAGCAAUUCUAAGGGAAUUGUAAUAUAACUCACAGAUCAAGCCUCACCUGUUGUGUGUGCAGUAGCUACUCAAGUUCAGCAUUCGUUAUGAGAAAUUAGUUGUACAGACUUACAUUCAUUGUCUUGAAUUAUAGAUUUUCAGUAUUUUUGUUUGAUUGUUUUAGAGCCUCAUUAAAAAUAUCUUUUCAGAUCUAAAAAUAUUUAAUGGUAUAUAUUUUGGCAGAUUGUCAGAUUUGAAGUUGUAUAUUCUACAUUUAAAUUUAAAAAAAGUAGAACCUUUGUUUUUUGUUCAGUUAUAAUGGCUAUUUAAAAAAAUUAAAGUAGUUAAUACUUGUGGAGUUUGCCUGUGACUGUUUAAUAGAAUUCGGAGGACUGGAGAGAUCACUCUGAAGACCCAAGUGUUCUCAGCCCACACCACAGGACUCAACAGCAGCCAAAAUCUUCAGCUCUAGGGGAUCUGAUGCCCCCUUCUGGACUCUGAAAAUACCUGAAUUCUCAAGAGCACAAUCACAUGCAAAUAAUUAAAAAUACAAAUCUUUACCCUCCACCCCAAAAGAAAAGGAAUGUUGUAAAUCUCAUUUGGGAUUAUUUAAAUAAAUACAUGCCAAAUUUGUAUUUUUUUCUAUUUUUUUUAUUGACAGUCUCAUUAGUUUUAAAACAAUAAAAUUUCCCAUCCUAGCUAGCAGUAAAUGCUAGUAUGGGAUUUUUUUUUUUUUUCACUUUGUGCUUUAGUACUAACCUUUAUUACAAAAUCAAAAGAAACUAGAAAGAAAUGUAAAAUGUGGGUGUUAAACUAGUUGUUCUCUGAAGAAAGUUUUACACUAAGAGGUCUGUAGAUCUCCGGGCGGUGGUGGCACACGCCUUUAAUCCCAGCACUUGGGAGGCAGAGGCAGGGGGAUUUCUGAGUUCGAGGCCAGCCUGGUCUACAGAGUGAGUUCCAGGACAGCCAGGGCUACACAGAGAAACCCUGUCUUGAAAAACAAAAACAAAAACAAAAGCAAAAACUAAAACAAAACAAACAAAAAGAGGUCUGUAGAUCUCAGGGCCUGGAUAGAUGGGUCAGAGGUUAAGAGUACUUGUUGUUUUUCUAGAAGAACUGUGUUUGAUUCCCAAAACCUAUGUGUGGCUCACAACCAUCUUAACUCCAGUUCCAAGGGAUCCAAUGCCUUCUGACCUCUACAGAUGAACAUGUUGCAGAGACAUAUAUGCAGGCAAAAAACACCUACAUACAAAACCCAAAUAUUUUUAAAAUGAGGUCUGUAAAUAUAAUUAUUUAUACUUAUAGGAGGAAGUGCUUCCUUAAUGUUUACAAAUUUUUCUUGACAGUUUGUGUACUUGUUCUUGUUUUGAAAAAUUAAUGUAUAGUGCUCAUAAUGACUUAUUUCUUUUAAAAUAUCAUUACUUUUUAACUGUAUAUUUUCUUGUUUAGAUUGUUGGCAGAGGCAUAGAAUUUUUGCAUCAGAUCUUGCUAUAAAUACAUGGAAAUAUGUAUUCAUGCUAAAUUUUCUUAAGUGAUUCAUGGCUUUUGAUUUCAUUCUCUAUAUAAUCAGCUUCUAGGGGAAGUUAUUUUUGAAACAAUAUUAAACUCUUAGUAAUUUGUAUGUUGCUAUUUGUGUCUAGUUUCCCACACAGGAAAGUAUCUUAUUCUGAUUGUGAUUUAAUGAUCUGCUGUGACUUUAAUGGUUAUUGGUUUCCAUUUAGAGACACAGUGCAGGAUUUAAGUUGAAGACUGGCAAAGUAGAAACAAUUUGAGAGAUUUUUGUUUCCCCAAAUAGGUCUGAACAAGUCUGAGUUUGUCAUAGAAGGAGUAAUAACAGGAAUGUUUAGCAUGUUACAGUUUUGAGAAUAUGGUCUCAUACAUUAUUUUAUUUUAUAUGAUGCUGAAAACCGAUUUUAGAUGUUCUCUUAAAAAUAGAGUAAAAUACUUGAGCCAUUUGGGCAUUGAGCCUUCUGGAUCAGUUUGCCUUGAUGCGUGGGAGUCACCAGGACCAGAUGUCCUCUCUUUUCCAUCUCUGUAGGUAUCAGGAUCUCUUAACACGUAGUUGAUAAAUUUUGGUCAGCUUUGAAAUUACAUUUGCUGUAGUAGAGAAAGACAAAUUAGUGUAAAAGUAAUAGGAGUUGAGUAGGUGGCCUGGUCCCAAAUGAUGAACUGCUAUUUAAAUUUUAUGUUUUGUAAUAGAUUUUAGUGCCCCACCUCCAUCCUCUCCCCACAGUGAUUGGGAUCUGACUCAGGCUCUUGUACAUAGUAGACAAGCAUUCUACCAGAGUCCUGACAACUUUUUAAAUUAAAAUAUGAUUUGUGCAAGUUCAUGAGUUGAUAGGACUGUUUUACCCCUUAAAACUUAAUUCAUGAGGGCUGGAGAGAUGGCUCAGUGGUUAAGAGCACUGACUGCUCUUCCAGAGGUCCUGAGUUCAAUUCCCAGCAACCACAUGGUGGCUCACAACCAUCUGUAAUGGGUUCUGAUGCCCUCUUCUGGUGUGUCUGAAGACACCUACAUUGUACUUAUAUAAAUAAAAUAAAUUUAAAAACAGCAAUUCAUGGGGCUGGAGAGAUGGCUCAGUGGCUAAGAGCACUGGCUACUCUUCCAGUGGUCCUGACUUCAGUUCCCAGCACCUACAUGGUGGCUCACAACCAUCUAUAAAGGGAUCUGAUGUCCCUUUCUGGCAUGCAGGUAUACAUGUACCAGAGCAUUCCAUACAUAAAAUUUAAAAAAAUUCAUGUUUUUAGAAAAGUAAUGAGUAUAUACAUAGUUGUUGUUUAGUAAAACCAAAAAAGGUCUUUGAAUAGAAAAGCAUUUUCAUAGCCAUUUUCCAGAUCUGUUUAGUGCAAAUGCUCUCAUAAUUACCUGAGUACUUGUCAGAACACAGUUACAAAUUUAUCAUUUUGAGGCUUUAUUCCUUACCCACUUUCUAUGCAUUUACCCUGCUCUUGCCUAUCUUUACUUCCUAACUGCUGCUGUUAGUAACCUGAUGCUUUUUUAGUUACCUCUUUUACGUACAUCCUUUUUUUUUUUUUUUUUUUUUGCCUUGGUAUUCUUUUUUUUUUUUUUAAAGAUUAUAUAUAAGUACACUGUAGCUAUCUUCAGGCAUACCAGAAGAGGGCAUCAGGUCUCAUUACAGAUGGUUGUGAGCCAUCAUGUGGUUACUGAGAUUUGAACUCAGGACCUCUAGAAGAUCAGUCAGUGCUCUUAACCACUGAGCCAUCUCUCCAGCUCCAUUGCCUUGGUAUUCUUGAAGACUCAAAAUGUUGUAUCUUGGCAUGCAUGCUUUUUUUUUUUUUUAAAUUUGUGAUAAUACUAAAGAGAUUUAAAAUUCUUUUAUUACUGUGUGUGUAUGAUGUGGGGCGGUACCUGUGUGUGGAGGUCAGAGGACAUUUGUGGACUCAGUUUUUUCCUUCCACCUUUAUGUAGGUUUCAGAGGUAUAACUCAGUUUCCAGGCUUGUGCAGCAAGUGCUUUCACCUUUUGAACCAUCUUGGUGACACUCAACAGGCUUUAAAUCUCAUACCUUAAAUUAGGUAUGCUUUUAUACCUUAUGUACUUAUAACGUAGGUAUAAAUUUUCUUUCUUUUUUUUUUUUUUUUAGGGUGCAUACUGAAUGUAUUCUCCUCUGAAGCCUCUUGAGCCAAGCCCCCACAAUUCACAUCAUCCUCAGCACCACUGUCCUCCAUGCCCUUACUACUGUGGCCCACUAAGCAGCUCUCAAAGCAUUUUACUGCUUUCCUAACACAAAGUCCCAAAGUCCACAUUCCACCAAACAAAACCAUGGUCAUGUCUAUCACAGCAAUACCCCACCCCUGGUACCAACUUCUGUCAUAGUUAGAGUUUCAUUGCUGUGAAGAGACAACAUGACCACGGCAACUCUUAUAUAGGACAACAUUUAAUUUGGGACUGGCUUAUGGUUUCAGAGGUUAGGUCCAUUAUCUUUGUAGCAGGAAAUAUGGCAGAGCACAGGCAGGCAUGGUGCUGGAGAAGUAUCUGAGAGUUCUGCAUCUCUAUCCACAGGCAACAGAAGGAGACUGCAUGCCACAGUGGGCAUAUCUUGAAUAUAUAUGACCUCAAAGCCUACCUCUAAAGUAACACACUUCUUCUAACAAGGCCACAACUCCUGAUAGUGCCACUCACUGUGGACCUAUGGGGGCCAAUUACAUUCAAACCAUCACACCUGGGUAAUCUCUACCUGGCUGUCCUGGAACUCACUCUGUAGACCAGGCUGGCCUCAAAAUUAGAAAUCCUCCUGUCUCUGUCUCUGCCUCUGCCUCCAGGGUGCCGGGAUUAAAGAUGUGCACCACCACGCCCGGCUCCAGUUAGAUUCUUUAGCCAAGUUUGUUCUACAGACUCAAAGCCAAAGGAGGUCUCUGUAUGGCACUGGGAGAAACUUGUUGCUUCUAGUGUGCAGGUCCAACAAAAGCCCCUGGGUCUGUUUGACUUGUUCAAGUGUCCACUGUGGAAGGUAUGUGAAUGGCCAUGCAAAAAAACAUUAUGAAGAUGCACAGAUACCCUUACUCAACCAUAAGAGAUCAGAAAAGCAGGAGAAAGCUCAGCAUACAGUGUGUAUGGAUUGCAGUAGCUACAGCACAUACUGUUAUCGCUGUGACGAUUUUGUGGUCAACGACACCAAGCUGGGCCUGGUACAGAAAGUGAGAGAACACUUACAGAACUUGGAAAACUCAGCCUUUACAGCGGACAGGCACAGAAAAAGAAAAUUAUUGGAAAACUCAUCACUAAACAGCAAGUUAUUAAAAGUAAAUGGAAGUACGACUGCCAUUUGUGCCACAGGCCUUCGAAAUUUGGGCAACACUUGUUUCAUGAAUGCUAUCCUUCAGUCACUCAGUAACAUUGAGCAGUUUUGCUGUUAUUUCAAAGAACUGCCUGCUGUGGAGUUAAGGAAUGGGAAAACAGCAGGAAGGCGAACAUACCACACCAGGAGCCAAGGGGACAGCAAUGUGUCUUUAGUAGAAGAGUUUAGAAAGACACUGUGUGCUUUAUGGCAAGGCAGCCAGACUGCAUUUAGUCCUGAGUCCUUGUUUUAUGUUGUCUGGAAGAUCAUGCCUAACUUUAGGGGUUAUCAGCAGCAGGAUGCCCAUGAAUUCAUGCGCUACCUUUUGGAUCAUCUACACUUAGAACUUCAGGGUGGCUUCAAUGGUGUUUCCCGCUCAGCAAUUCUACAGGAGAAUUCUACACUGUCUGCAAGUAACAAAUGCUGCAUAAAUGGAGCAUCAACUGUUGUCACAGCAAUAUUUGGAGGAAUUCUCCAGAACGAGGUCAACUGCCUCAUAUGUGGGACAGAGUCGAGGAAGUUUGAUCCAUUCCUAGAUCUCUCCUUAGAUAUUCCAAGUCAGUUCAGAAGCAAGCGCUCUAAGAAUCAGGAAAAUGGGCCAGUUUGCUCCUUAAGAGAUUGCCUUCGCAGCUUCACUGACCUAGAGGAACUUGAUGAGACAGAGUUGUAUAUGUGCCAUAAGUGCAAAAAGAAACAAAAGUCCACAAAGAAGUUUUGGAUUCAAAAACUUCCCAAGGCACUGUGCUUGCACCUGAAAAGGUUUCACUGGACAGCAUAUUUAAGAAACAAAGUCGAUACAUACGUUCAAUUCCCACUGAGAGGCCUGGACAUGAAGUGCUACCUACUAGAGCCGGAGAACAGUGGUCCAGACAGUUGCCUGUAUGACCUCGCUGCUGUGGUUGUACACCAUGGCUCUGGGGUUGGUUCUGGACAUUACACAGCAUAUGCAGUUCACGAAGGCCGCUGGUUCCAUUUCAAUGACAGCACUGUGACAGUGACUGAUGAGGAGACCGUUGGGAAGGCAAAGGCCUACAUUCUGUUUUAUGUGGAGCGUCAGGCCAGAGCUGGAGCAGAAAAACUGUAAUACCUCCUGACCAUGAGUCAUCAACUACACCGGACAACAUUUCCAUUUUCCAUAAAUACUUGAUCCAAGAGUCAAAUUUCAGUAUGCACUUUUCAAUUUCCAGUUUGGGGUUUAGUUUGGUCAGUGGUAGUGACUUACCCAACAUGAGCACCAACUAAUUUUUGUUGUUGUUCUACCAGAAAACCUCAGCAGGCAUUUUGAUUGGCUGCUUUAGUUGUAAUAAUUCAAUUUUUAUAUGUAGUUUCCAGAACUUAGUUCUGUUUGACUUUUUAUAUUAAUGUUUUCAGUUCUCACCGAGGCACAUUUGCAUUUGCUCUAUACUCACAUGCUGAGAGCCACCCUGACUGCUGUCUUCAUAGCAGCCAGGUCAGCGACUCCAUCGUGAGGAUCGUGUGUGCAGGUCUGUGGCCCACCGGUUUCACAGUGACUGCUCAGGAAUUCCUUCCGACUGCAGACCAGGCCGUCACCACUGCUGUGUCUCAGGGUUGCUGUGCCUCAGCAUUAAAUAACUCUGCCAGUCCCGUUGCACCUGUGCUAGAGUUCCAGAACUGCUCCAUUUCUUGUCUCUGGUCUUCUUUUAAUAUUUUCUUGGGGGCAGACAGGCUAGGAACACUGACAAGUGCAAAUACGUGUUUAAAAGCCCUGCGAUUCAGCUGCAUGGUAGAGGUAUGUCCUGUGGGUGGAUCUGUCUGACCAUCAGAGGUGAGGUCUUACCCCCCAGACCUGACUUCCAGGCAGAAGUGGAGUCAUAGAAGCUCUGGGUUUUAAUUCACUCCCUGCCUGAAGCAGAACCAGGUGAAAGUAUAUGUCUCUGAACAAGAAUAGUUUUUAUUAAAUUCAGUAGCUUAAAAAAUACUGUUCACAGAAAUAGGUUAGAAGCACUAUUUGGACCAUUUAAAGAAGGCAGCUAGUGGCAAAUGCUGGAGGCCAGUGAUUCGGUUUGCAGGUAUUGAAACCUUUAAGUCAGAGUGUACAACUCCAACACAGCCUGUUCCACAUCCACCUCCUCGAGGGACAAAAUGCACUUCAUGCAGACUUUUUACUAAUAUUUUUUCUAUUACAAGUAAGUUUGGUAGCUUUCCUUGUCCAGUGAAGUUGAUGGAGACGUGGCUCAAUUCCACAUUAAUAUUAGCUACAGAAAUCUUCAUUCCCUCAGAACAGAAAUUACAUUCUGGAUCAGUACCUUAAUACACUAACUUGAAUCCCUCAGUACAAUGACCGUAUGACUAGUGUGUCCUUGGUCACACUAGUUAUGUCAGGGCUGGGUACAGGACAGUGCAGGGCAAGUACCUUUCCAUAGGGUUCUCUUGCACAACACAGGUCUAAAUUUUAUGCAGAACAACAAAGCUGUGACAUGUGUAAGCACUACAACUUAGAUUUAGUGCAGGAAGAGGAAGUGUGCUGAGUUCCAUGAGGUAGAGGCAUGUGCAGCUCUAGUUCUGCUGGUUUGAGCCACAGAUCGAGGGUCGAAUGAUUUGCUCUAAUAUAUCAGAACUGUGAUAACAUCACAGCUAAGCCUAAAUGAGUCUCAUCUAACGUUGCACACAGCUCCCACUAAUCCAGGCUCCUCUGGCAUUUAUAUCUUUGCCUCUGACUGGGCAACUGUAAUGACUUACACAGUACGCACACAGAGCUGGCACUGUCAAGCCAGGUGGAGCAGCAGCAGCAGACUGGGCCGCUCUGUGGGGAGAGUGGUCAUUAGGCAACACUUUGGCAUACAAGGGAAUGAAUCAUCUCUGGAAUUUUUGUAGCAGCUUUAUUGCUUGGUUUUACUUAAGCAGCAAUGGCUGAGUGACACCAUGAAGACUCUUUGAGAAAGUGACUGCACCCAUAUGCAGUGCCCAUCUGAACACCCAUGAUGAAGUACAUGUGCCUAUUUGUUUUAAAUCUAGCCUUACUGCACCGGUUACAGGCUUCUCUCUGUACUGUCUAGGGCUUUCCCACGUGUGUUCUAACCUGCAUGCAACUUUUGCUCAGAGCGUAUGCUGAGGCAGGGCCUCAUGCAUAUCCUGUCCUGUCAGCCCAUGGCAACAGGAAACUCCAAGUCCUCCCACACAGGUGGGGAUAGAAACAGUUUGUGGCAACACAAGUCUCUCCAUGGUGGAGAACUCUAAGCUUAUCCACUGUAUUCUACUCAGUGUGUAGUGGCAGAUGAUGUAAUUAAACCAGUCAUAUGCGCUGGC